AUGGCGGAUCCGGGUUCUCAUCCUCGUCCUCCCACAGCCCGCGCCCUCCUUCCGUCAGCCGCCAACACCUCCCGCUCCCCCACUGGUCAAUACUCUUCACAAGCUACGGCGCCCUCUUCGCCAUCCUACCCCCUCGCCCCAGCCUGCCGACUCUACUCCCAAGUCCGGGACAACGCCCUCAACACCUGGGCAUCCCGGCCCGAGCUCGAUCAAGUAGCCGUCGGAGCCGGGGACGUCAGGCUCGCGUUCGGCUGCAGCAAGGAGCCGAUACCGUGGGACUUUGUCGCAGAGUUCGCCGCGAGGGAGACGGAUGCGGUGGAGAGAGGGUUCGCGAGGAGGUGGGCGUGGCAGGGUUGGGAGAGGACGGGCGAUCAUGGUAGGAUCUGUGAUGUUGGGUUCAGGUUGGCGGGAGGCGAGUCGGUGAUGCCUCCUAAGGGUGUGGUAGUGGGGAGGAAGAUUGAGUCUAGAGAACCGCGAUUGGUUCCUGGAUAG